UCUUCCUGUUGCAUCAUGAAGCUUCUUUCGAUCCUCGUUGGACUCCCUCUCCUCGUGGCUGGCGCCGUCAACGGAUAUGCCAACCCCCUAACAUGCACGGGUGUCUGCACCAACGCACACGACCCAUCCAUCAUUCGUCGCGAUGAUGGAACGUAUUUCCGCUUCUCCACUGGCAACAAGAUUGCUAUCCACUCUGCUCCUGACCUCACAGGUCCUUGGAAAUACCUGGGCGCUGCGGUCCCCGGUGGCUCCAAGAUCAACCUGAAGGGCAAAGAUGAUCUCUGGGCCCCCGAUGUCCACAAGGUCGGGGACAUGUACUAUCUGUACUACUCGGUGAGCUCGUUCGGUACGCAGAACUCUGCUAUCGGUCUUACCCGCUCCAAGACAAUGGAGGCAGGCACUUGGACGGAUGCCGGUAGUGUCGGCAUCACGAGUGACUCGUCCAAGAAGUACAACGCCAUCGACCCGAACCUGGUCCAAGUCGGUAGCCAGUACUACCUCAACUUCGGCAGCUACUGGCAGGGACUUUACCAGGCAAAGAUGAAGCCCAACCCAACGAAAAACACUGGCGAGGUCGCGAGCCAAGUGGCGUUUACCUCGAACUACGAGGUGUUGGAGGCUGCGUUCCAGUUCGCCUACAAGGGCUACUACUACAUGUUCUUCUCCAAGGGAUCGUGCUGCGGCUACGACAAGACCCGCCCGGCUAAGGGCAAGGAGUACCGUAUCCUCGCGUGUCGCUCGAAGAGCCCGACUGGAGGCUUUGUCGACAAGAACGGAGUCGACUGUCGUAACAACGGUGGCACGAUCGUCUUGGAGUCUCACGACUGGGUGUACGGUCCGGGAGGCCAGGGUGUCUACAACGACCCGAAGUACGGCCCCGUGCUGUAUUACCACUACGUGGACACCCGUGUUGGUUACGCGGAUGGUGAUAAGCGCUUUGGCUGGAACAAGCUCGACUUCUCGAGCGGCUGGCCCAAGGUGUAA